UCUCCUGAUGUAGACUCUCCUGACUGGUGUUCUCCUGUCGUAGACUCUCCUGACUGGUGUUCUCCUGACGUAGAAUCUCCUGACUGGUGUUCUCCUGACUGAUGUUCUCCUGACGUAGACUCCCCUGACUGGUGUUCUCCUGACGUAGACUCUCCUGACUGAUGUUCUCCUGGCGUAGACUCUCCUGACUCGUGUUCUCCUAAUGUUUUAUGUGAAUUAAUAAUCAAUAACGUGUUUUCAUUUUCAGAUAUAGCCGGAGUGUCGGUGGAUCAAUGUCAGAGUCGCUACGAAGACAUGAAGAAGAAAAGUCACAUUAACGAGAAACUCUUCAGUGCUCAAUUUAUCAACGCAGACUGUUCCAAGGAGGUUUUGUCAGAGAAGCUGGAUGACCCAGAGCUGCUGUUUGACAUCUGUAGCUGUCAGUUUGUUUAUCAUUACUCAUUUGAGAGCGAACAGAAGGCCGACAUGAUGUUGAGAAAUGCCUGUGAGCGUCUGAAACCUGGAGGUUACUUCAUAGGAACGACUCCUGACGCCUUCGAACUUGUUAAACGUUUGGAGGCGUCGGACUCUCUGUCGUUUGGUAAUGAGGUUUUUAAGGUUUCCUUUCAGUCCAAAGGUUUCUAUCCACUGUUUGGGUGUCAGUAUCACUUUAGCCUCGAGGACGUUGUCGAUGUUCCAGAGUCCCUCGUCUACUUCCCUCUUUUUGAACAGUAAGAUCAUAU